AUAAAACCCACCAUUUCCUCCCUCCCUGCACAUCAUCCAUUCCCUCCCUCAUCGAUUAUGAACACACUCACCCUUUCAUUCCUCAUCCUUCUCCCUCUCUUAUCAUCAGCUGAUCAAUCAUCUAAACAAAACAACAACAUCAUCCUCCUCAGUUGUGGUUUACCAACACCAAACAGCUCUGAUGGCACUCGUACUUGGACUAGUGACAAAGGCACCAUUUACUCUACAUCCCUCAACGCCGACAGUGCCUUCAAAGCAACCUCUCAGCUAUCUGAUGUUCCUCAGGUCCCCUAUCUCACCGCAAGAAUUUUCACUUCCAACUUCACCUAUCGUUUCCCUCUAAAACCCGGCCGCAUAUUCCUCCGUCUCUACUUCUACCCUUCCGACUACUCCCACUUCUCCGCUUCCAAUGCUCUCUUCUCCGUCACUGCCGGCACCACCACUCUCCUCAACAACUUCUCCGUAUCUCAAACUGCAGAUGCACUGACUUACUCUUAUCUAAUUCUUGAAUUCUCCCUCAACAUCACUUCUUCCCCACUCAACCUCACCUUCUUCCCCUCACCUUCUUCCAACAGAUCCUACUACGCAUUAAUCAACGGCAUCGAAAUCGUCUCUUCCGAUGGUCUCUUCACUUUCACCUCUUCCAACAGGGUCAACGGCGGCUUUCCUAUCCUUGUCUUGGGUGCCUCCAUAAUACCUUAUUCCUUCAAUACUAACUGGGCAUUACAAACCAUUUACCGACUAAACGUCGGUGGCAACACCAUCUCUCCUGAUCAAGACUCCGGCAAUUUGUACCGUUUAUGGGACAAAGACGAUAACUACAUCGAAGGCGCCGGCUACGGUGUCACCUUCUCUGCCGACUACAACGUCUCCAUCAAAUACUCUAAGUCUCUUCCAAAGUACAUCGCUCCAGAGAUGGUUUACUCUACUGCUCGGUCUAUGGGACCAAAUCCAGCUAUUAAUCUCCAGAGCAAUCUUUCUUGGAUCCUCCCGGUCGACAACGGAUUUUAUUAUCUUGUUCGAUUCCAUUUCUGCGAGAUACAAAAUGAAUUCACUUUAACGAAUCAAAGAUCUUUUUUUAUUUACAUCAAUAAUCAGACGGCGCAAGAAGAGACAGAUGUCAUUGCUAUGAGCGGAGGAAUUGGUAAUCCCAUAUAUGAAGAUUUUGUAACCGUGAUGCCCGGUAUGGGACGGAGUGAUCUUCGGAUUGAGCUCCAUCCUGAUACCACCACAAAGCCUGAGUACUAUGAUGCGAUACUCAAUGGACUUGAGGUGUUCAAAAUGGAAGAUGCUAAUGGCAGUCUUGCAGGACCAAAUCCUGAUUCUACUCCAAAAUCUGAAGGCGGCGAUGGUAGUCGAGUUUUCCCUGCUAAUCACCGUUCUGAUCAUGGUAGUCAUAAAACUCUGGUGGUGAUCAUCGGUGGUGUUAUUGGUGGUGGUGCUAUAAUAGUUUGUAUCUUGUUCUUAAUAUGCCGAAGCUGUCUUCGAAAAAAGACAGUCGCUGAAGAUGGGCAUGAUAAAGAGAAGUCUUCUGGGUCUCAGUUCGACACCUCUCGCCAUUUUACUUUCACAGAGAUCCUCGUCGCCACUGAUGGCUUCUCUGAUGCCUUACUCAUCGGUGUCGGUGGCUUUGGCAAGGUGUUCAAAGGAGAAUUACCAGGAGUGGGAGGACGUAAAACAAAGGUGGCAAUCAAAAGAGGAAACCCAAUGGCUGAACAAGGUGUUCAUGAGUUUCAGACUGAGAUUGAGAUGUUCUCAAAGAUAAGACACCACCACCUUGUGUCUCUCAUUGGCUACUGUGAUGACAACAAUGAAAUGAUCCUGGUUUAUAAUUUCAUGUCUCAGGGCACUCUACGUGAACACCUUUACAAGAGCUCUAAACCUCCAUUGCCAUGGAAACUGCGCUUGGAGAUAUGCAUCGGUGCCGCACGAGGUCUACAUUAUCUGCACACUGGUGCCAAGAACACCAUCAUCCAUAGAGAUGUAAAGACGACAAACAUUCUCCUCGAUGAUAAAUGGAUUGCAAAGGUAUCAGACUUCGGUCUCUCGAAAGCCAAGGUAGCUUUAGAUAACACUCAUGUGAGCACUGUUGUGAAGGGAACAAUGGGAUACUUAGACCCGGAGUAUUACAGACUUCAACAAUUAACGGAUAAGUCGGACGUUUAUUCAUUUGGUGUUGUGUUGAUGGAGGUUCUUUGUGCUCGAGCACCGGUCAUCAAAUCGUUGCCGGAAGAGGAAGUGAGCUUAGCUGAAUGGGCUUUGCAGUGCAUGGAGAAGGGGGUGCUUGAGAGCAUCAUUGAUCCGUAUCUUGAUGGGAAGAUUGCAAGGCAGUGUUUGAAGAAGUAUGCAGAGACUGCUGAGAAGUGUUUGAGUGAUGAAGGGAGUGAGAGGCCUUCAAUGGGCGAUGUUCUUUGGAGCCUUGAGUUUGCAUUGCAGUUGCAGGAGAGUGCAGAGGAUAGUAGUGGGUUAAUUGUGAAGGAUUUUAGCAAAGGAAGUGGUGGUGAUAGUGGUGGUGAUUCAAGGAGUGCAGAGGAGAUGAGCAUGAGCUUUCGUAGUCAGGGGUCUAGUGAGUCAACUCCUUCUGGUAUUUUUUCCAUGCUUACUAGACCUGUCCAUGGGAUGGGCCGGGCCGGGUUCGGGCCGGGCUGAGACCGAUAAUCAUAAAAUUUAAACUCGCCCAAACCCGGCCCGGCCCGAUAAUAUGGGCCUUAUAUUUUGCCAGAACCCGUCCAGAUUUUGUAGCCUUAAACCAAAGCCCGCCCAAAUAAAUUUUUUAAACAAAUAAUAAAUUAAUUAUUAAAUGUUUAAUACCUAAGACAUUAUUCUAUAACACAUUACAUUGCCAAAAAU